GUUACGAGUUUUAGGUUCUGAAAACGGUCCGUUUAGGAACUAAAAACGGUCCGUUUACGGCACGUUAACUUACCGUUAACGACCAGUUAACGGGCCGUUAACGGUGCCGUUUUCUUGGACCUGGGUGGUUUUAACUCUGCGGCGAAACCGACCUUUGCAUUAACGCUAUUUAAAAAUAACAUUUAUCUAAGACUUCUUUCUUGCCUGUUUCAGACGAAUGUUCCGUAGAUCUUGAAGCUGGGCUGAUGUAUGUUAAGGAUGAUAUUCGUUCUUGUACAAUGCAACGUUCGAAAGAAGAAGAGAAACUUGGGAUUAUAUUGAAAUAUCAUAAACAUCAAAAAAUUCACUAUGUCGUCUUAUUCGAAGAGCAUAAAGAGACGUUAGCCUAUCGAGCCGGCAUCAAAAACUAUGACCGCGUCAUUGAGUACAAUAAAGAUAACGUUGAGUGUGACACUGAGGAAGAAUAUGCGAGCAGAUACGAUCAGAAUCGUUUGAUGCCAUUGACAUUACUAGUUUGUGAUCCUGGUACAUAUGCUUACUACAAACGACAGCGAAAAACUAUUAGUAGUGGUUUAUCAACGGUAAUAUUUAUGCCGCCAGUACUUGUUUCAAAUUCUGUUGAUGCUCAUCGAACAUCUUGUGAUGGUUGCGGAGCUGUGCGAUUUACCACCGAUCGUUACAAAUGUUUGCAGUGCACAAAUUAUGAUUUAUGCGCAAGAUGCUUUGAGAGACGACGAGAAACAAAAAAUCAUCUGAGUGGCCAUCCCGUUGUUCAAUUUCGAACUCCAAAUGAAGUAUUAGGGAGAGAAUUAAGGAAUAAUGAUCUAACAUUGACGAAUUUGAAAGUUUUAUUUCAACUGGAAAAACACGAGAAUAUUUCCUGUGAUGGUUGUCUUCUUGAUCCAAUCGUGGGACUUCGUUUCAAAUGCGACACAUGUCCAAACUAUGAUUUAUGUCAUCAAUGCAUGACAAAUUCAGCCACAACAAACAGCCAUAAAUCAGAUCAUCCACUUGUUGUGGUCCCAAAGCAUCGUAUACCCGUCAUCCCGCGUGACGAUAUUGAACUUGGGGAUGCAUUAGGAAAAGGAGCGUUUGGUACUGUCUACAAAGCGACCUGGUUAUCUAAAAAUCGUGUGGUUGCCUGUAAAGUGAUCACCGCACCUGCUAAUCUCUCAGAAGGUUUAUUCAAGAGUUUUCUGAAAGAACUAGCAGCGUAUACUGAACUGUCCGGAGCGUAUAUUCUUAAAACAUAUGGUUACACUCAAACAGAGUUGGCAGAUGGAGUAAACGAAUAUCGACUUAUUAUGGAGUUCAUGGAAAAAGGUAGUUUACAGUCGUUGAUUGAGAAACCUGACUAUGGAAUAUCGCUUCGUCGAAAACUAGAUAUGGCCUGUAAUAUUGCUAGUGGAAUGAGAAAAAUUCAUGAACACAAUAUGAUACAUCGUGACAUACGACCAGAUAAUAUUCUAGUUAACAAUAAUUUCAUAGCUAAAAUUGGUGAUAUGGGAAUUGCGAGAACAGUGGAUGAAAAUAAUCGACAUACACAAAUUGGCUGUCAGGUAUUUAUGCCAUUAGAAUUCUAUAAGGUUGAUCAAAAUAAAGCUGUUUAUGAUCAAAAAUUAGAUAUAUACACGUUUGGACUGACGUUAAAUGCGUUAUUCACAGAUACAAAACAUGGUUUUCACCCUCUCACCAGACAAAAACUUGUGAUCAAACAAAGUCCAGUCUUCUGGGAUCUCAUAAGUCGCUGUACCGAUGACUAUCCUGAGCAACGACCAACAGCGCUUGAGAUGGAAAAAACAUUAGAACUGUACAAUGUCGCUUUCCAACAACUAGUACUUCAAAAGGAACUGACCUAUAUUGACUUGUCAUCUGAGGACAAAAAUAAAAGAUUCAUGGAAUUUUAUGAAGUUUUCCAUCCGAAAGCCAGUGAGUAUCUUGAAAAGAAAUUUCCCAGAGUUGUUUGGGAAAAUAACGCUACCAAUAAAUUUACGUUGGUUAAUACCAAUCCUGAUGAAAAAUCCAACAUUUGUUUUGUACAAUAA